AUGUCCACGCCAACUCCUGGAAAGGCUCGUCAGUCAGGAAUCCCAACGCCAGGUAAACCGAGUGGUCUUCCGACGCCAGGUCGACUGCGAUCCACAUCCUCUGCUACUCAACUUCCCCCCCAAUCCCAAGACGAAGAAUAUAUCACCAGAGCAUUUGCUGAUGCGAUCAAAGCCAAUGACCCUGCCCAGCACCGUCCCGCACGUUCUAGUGACGUGUCUUCCGCCUCACUUUCGCCUUCAUCUCUUGUUUAUCCCCCUCAAAGUGGCAGGCGAUCCGUCGCAGGCCGGCCAUCUUCUGUAGCAUCCUCCUCGUCUGCGGUGAGCUCUGCGCCCUCUCGUACGCCUAACCAGAACACCAGAUCCAUCACCGCGCGUCCUCCCAGCCGUCAAUCUGAUGCUUUUGUUCGGAGCUCAAGCCGUACUAGUGGGACAUUUGAAGUGGGCGACAGUGUUAGGAUUGAGUCCCUCGGUUUCGAGGGUACACUCAGAUUUCUUGGAGAGAUAGACGGAAAGCCUGGUCAUUGGGCUGGGGUUGAGCUAAGUGGUGGCUUUUCUGGGAAGGGGAAGAAUAAUGGCACUGUAAAUGGGAAACAAUACUUUGCAUGCCCUCCUAAUUGCGGUGUGUUCGUAGCUACGACGAAACUCUCGCCUCCUACUACCGGCGUCCAUUCUAUGUCGCGUCCAUCCUCUGUUGCAUCGUCACGGAAUGGACGAAUAACGCCUUCGGUGUCGAUAUCGGGUCGAAUCACGCCCUCCCAAUCUACAGUUUCCACAGGUCGUAAAACGCCGUCGGCCUCCACCUCAAGCGGGCGGAUCACCCCCUUGACUAAUGGCCGAGUUACACCGUCGACCAUUGCAGGACGUCGGACACCCGGGCUCCCUCCUCCUGCUUCACGCUCUCGACCCACAAACUUUGGUCGAGUAAGUUCCGCGGUAACUCCCAUCCGGAAAGGUUCUACUUCCACCGCCAUCACUCCGGGUUCUCGUGCCUCAAAGUAUGUGGGUAUGACGGCCAGGCAGCUUGAUUCACGUCAAUCAGGGGCUGCAAGUCCUUCACGCGGAUCGGCAAGUUCAAAUAGCCCACCACGAUCUUCAGGGUACUCGUCUCCUAUGCACGGCCUUUCCUAUGCUUCCUCUCCAACACGAAUAACCUCUUCACCAUUUACAACACCGAAAGCAGUAUCUAACGGACGCGCAUCAAAUAUAGGUGUCGGAAUGCCAUCGACAACACCAUCGAAGACUCGCCCAUCAUUCAAUACACCACGAGCAAGGAUACCAAGUGCCAUUGCAAUGCCACCACCCGCAUCCCCCUCUUUACCUCAGUCAGCUCGCUCCGUAUCUCUAAGCGACCGUGAUCAUCAUUUGCAGGAACAAGAACUCGGCUCAAUAUCCGAUCUAAGGAUGAACGGCAAAGCUCUAGAGGACAAGAUUGCGGAGCUCAUGUCAGGCAGGAUUCCCUCUGGUUCUAUAAGCAGGCCCAGCUCGUCGGCAUCUGUACAAUCGAGCCACGCGAAUGCGGAUAUGCAGGGGCAGUUGAACCAACUCCAAACUCGGCUGGAUUCUCUCGAGAAUGAGAAUCAACAAUUACGAUGUGCAGCGACGGAGGAUCAGGACAAAACUGCUCGCUUGGAGGGCGUUCUAGCUGAACAGAAACAGAGUGCGGCGCGCAUAGUCGAGUUGGAGGCAGCAGUCAGAACGACUGAGCGGUCACUUAACGAACGAGAGACGAUGAUUGAGAGCCUAGAGCGUGCUGCACAGCAAACCACGUUGGACAUUGACAAGGUCCGAAACGACGCUGAGGCUAGGACGAGGGAUAUUCAAUCCAAGUUGGAUGACAAGGAGGCCCUUGUAGCCAAUCUCAAAGAGCUCAUUGAAGCUAAGGAGGGGCUUCAAUCCGAGAAUGACGCCGUCUUGCGAGCCAAGGACGCAGAAAUCACACUAUUGGAAGCUCGGGUGCAGAAGGCAUACACGGAGCUUGAGGAGGAGAGAAAGGAGCUAGGAAGCCAAGUAGACGAGUUGCGGAAAGCGGGACAAGAAACUAUCGCGCUCUACGAGGAGCGUUUGAGCGCAGCCGACAGCCAGCGUUAUGAGUUAGAGGAUAUGAUAGCGUCUCUAGAAGAGCAGCUUCGUGCACAAGCUCAGCCACCGUCCCCUACCACUGCGCAGCGACAAGCUGCGACUGCGGUCGAGAUUGACAAUGAGGCUCUCCGGGAACAAGUUCAGCAUCUACAGAAAAGGAUUUCCCUACUGGAAGAUCAGUUGGAGGAGGCUCAAACAACAUUUGACCGAGAAGAAGCAGCAGUGCGCGAACGGGUGAAGCGGUAUAGGGAAAGAGAAGAGAACAUCAAGAAAGAACUCAACGAUGCUAAGAAAGAGACCGACAGGGUGAUCCAGUCUGAAGAAAAUGCUCGCCAUCGAAUCGAAGAAAUGGAGGAAGCUUUGAGGGAGAAUACGGUUGCCCUAGAGAACGCGAGAGCGGACAUCGAGACUCUUCGCCACGAAGUUUCGGAUCUGGAGGGCAUUGCAAGCGGGGUAACCUCAAGCAACUCAGCUGAGAAGAUUACGGAAGUGAUGCAACGGUCCGCUAGUGAUAAGGCUCGGUUGACGGAGGAGAUCGCGCAGCUCAAACAACAAUUAGUUAAUGCGUUGUCUCGAGAAAUUCAAGGCCCCUCUGGGGAGGCAUCGGGUGAUCUUAACACCAGUCUCAGCGAUCUCCGAGCCGAGACCGAACUAUUGCGCAGACUUUGUGAAGAGCGUCACAUCGAGCUUGAAGCCGAACGCAAAUCAACAGACGAUUUGCGCGCACUUCUUCAGGAACGAGAGGCAGAACUCGACACGGUCCGUAGGAAGCUCAAUCGCGAUGUUCCGGUGAAUGGCGUUGAUAGCACCAAGACCACGUUGCCGUCCAAAUACGAUCUCGCAGCCGCACGGGAGGAGAUUACUGGGCUUAAACAUAUUGUUCAGGAGCUGCAAAAGGAGAAUUCGGCUGCUGCUCAAAGGAACAAGGUGCUUGAAUCUGAGAAUAGGUUGCUGUUGUCCGAAACCGAUCAGCUGCGCGAGGACCUCAAAGCACUUGAGGAAAACGUGGAACAGAGUAUUCUUCGCGAGGAGCAGGCACUGGCAUCGGCAGACGGCACAGCCCCUGAUGAUGUUGUCGCGCUACAGAAGAAAUAUGAGACCGAGCUGGAACAAGUGCGCAAGAAGCUCAUGGAAGCAGAUAUGAAGAGCGCACGAACAAUCCAUGAUCUCAACAAGGAGAUUGGCGAACUGGAGACGUUGAUCGAGUCCAAGAUCUACCGAGAAGACGAGCUCGAACGCGAGCUAGAACGACUGAAAGAUAAACUCGCUCGCACCCAAAAGAAGUCGUCGAAGACGUCCAGCGGUUUGCCUUCCGACGACCGGUCUGUCAGCUCGAAGAGAUCUACAGGCGAGAUGUCUGCAGAGUCGACGCAGGAAGUCUGCGAGAUCUGCGAGCGGCCUGGACACGACAUCUUUACAUGCGACCUGCUGAAAGAGGAAGCUCCACCCUUAUCUUUGUCCACGCCAACAUCGAGCGAGGAGCUGUUCUGCGAGGACUGCGAGGAACGCGGGCACACAGCAGCGAAUUGUCCACAUUCACUGGACGUCUUCUGA